GGGGCCCAUCCCCAUCCAGCCCGCCGCCGGCAUCCCCCGGCUGCAGCGACUCCAGCUCGCCGCGCUACCAGGUCAAGUUUGGAUGCCUUUUGAGUUCUCCUCCUUUCCAGAAGAUGAACUGUGAAAUUGAAUAAUGUGGAAAAUCCUUCCCCUCUCUUUUUGUAUGUGACUUUGAGAAAAGAUUGGUAUGGUCUUAACAGCACAAGAUCAUCGCUAGAAAUUAGCUGCAACUAUGAGUUCAGAGGAGAAGGGUGUAUCUCCUGCUCACAAAACAUCCACUCCAUCACAUAAAAGUGCCUCCUCUUCAUUGUCAUCUCAGAGGGACAGUAAGCAGAGUGCUCAUGUAUUAGAGCGAAAUAUUUCUUUUGGAAGUGCAGACCCAUCUGUAAGCAAACAGUUGCUCGAAACUGAGUCUGUCUCUCUGUCUAAGGAACCUGACAGCUGGGAAAUCAUAGAGGGGCUGAAAAUAGGCCAGACUAAUGUCCAGAAACCAGACAAACAUGAAGGUUUCAUGCUGAAGAAAAGAAAAUGGCCUUUAAAAGGCUGGCACAAGCGCUUUUUUGUCCUGGAUAAUGGAAUGUUGAAGUAUUCAAAGUCACCAAUUGAUAUUCAGAAAGGCAAGGUACAUGGAAGCAUUGAUGUUGGCUUAUCAGUUAUGUCAAUUAAAAAGAAAGCUCGUAGAAUAGACCUUGAUACAGAAGAGCAUAUCUACCACCUGAAAGUGAAGUCCCAGGAUUCAUUUGAUGCAUGGGUAUCAAAACUGCGCCACCACAGAUUGUACCGUCAGAAUGAGAUUGUAAGAUCACCAAGGGAUGCCAGCUUUCACAUAUUCCCGUCAGCCUCUACUACAGAGUCUUCAUCAGCUGCUAAUGUUGCUGUGUUAGAUGGAAAGGUUCCACAAAAUAGCUUCCCAUGGCAACCCGCCAUACCAUGUAGUAAUAGCCUCCCUGCAACAUAUACUACUGGCCAAAGUAAAGUAGUAGCAUGGCUGCAGGAUUCUGAGGAGAUGGACAGAUGUGCAGAAGAUCUUGCACACUGCCAAUCAAACCUCGUGGAACUUAGUAAGCUUCUUCAAAAUUUAGAAAUUCUACAGAGGACUCAAUCGGCACCGAACUUCACAGACAUGCAGGCUAACUGUGUAGAUAUUUCAAAGAAAGACAAGCGGGUCACAAGACGAUGGAGAACAAAAAGUGUCAGCAAAGAUGCAAAAAUACAACUUCAGGUCCCUUUCAGUGCUACAAUGUCACCGGUUCGCCUGCACUCAUCCAACCCCAAUCUUUGUGUAGACAUCGAAUUUCAGACUCCCCCAAGCCAGGUAGCUGACCCCUUGGAAUGCUCCAUGGAGUACAUCAAACUUCAAGAAGAGUUUUGCCUCAUGGCACAGAAAGUUCAUUCUCUUUUGAAGUCUGCCUUUAACAGCAUAGCUAUUGAGAAGGAGAAGCUUAAGCAGAUGGUUUCAGAACAGGACAUUGCAGGCCACAAUUCACAAAUAACACGCCUCAGACAAUCACUUUCUCAGGCUCUCAACCAGAAUGCUGAACUAAGGAGUCGCUUGAACAGAAUACAUUCUGAGUCUGUUAUUUGUGAUCAGGUUGUCAGUGUAAAUAUUAUCCCUAGUCCUGAUGAGACUGGUGAACAAAUCCAUGUUAAUCUCCCAUUGUCUCAGCAAGUUUCUAAUGAGAGCAGGCUCUCUAUGUCCGAAUCUGUCUCUGAAUUCUUUGAUGCACAGGAAGUGCUUUUGUCGGCAAGCUCAUCAGAAAAUGAGGCUUCUGAUGAUGAAUCCUAUAUCAGUGAUGUGAGUGAUAACAUAUCUGAGGACAACACCAGUGUUGCAGACAACGUUUUCCGACAAAUUCUUAAUGGUGAGCUAGCAGGAGGUGCAUUCAGGAAUGGACGUCGGACUUGUCUCCCAGCUCCCUGUCCUGAUACCAGUAAUAUCAAUCUGUGGAAUAUUUUGAGAAAUAAUAUUGGCAAAGAUCUCUCCAAAGUCUCCAUGCCAGUUGAGCUAAAUGAACCUCUUAAUACUUUACAACACCUUUGUGAAGAAUUGGAAUACAGUGAACUCCUGGACAAAGCUGCUGAAACUGAUGAUCCAUACGAACGCAUGGUUCUCAUAGCUGCCUUUGCAGCUUCAGGGUAUGCCUCCACUUACUACAGAGCAGGAAGCAAGCCAUUCAAUCCAGUGCUUGGUGAGACUUAUGAAUGUAUUAGGGAAGACAAAGGAUUCCGAUUUUUCUCAGAGCAGGUUAGCCACCAUCCACCCAUUUCUGCCUGUCACUGUGAAUCAAAGAAUUUUGUGUUUUGGCAAGAUAUCAGAUGGAAAAAUAAGUUCUGGGGGAAAUCAAUGGAAAUCCUGCCAAUUGGAACACUGAAUGUGACUUUUCCAAAGUAUGGAGAUUACUACGUAUGGAACAAAGUCACCACCUGCAUACACAACAUCCUUAGUGGAAGGAGGUGGAUAGAGCAUUAUGGAGAAAUAACUAUCAGAAACACAAAAAGCAGUGUUUGUAUUUGUAAGCUCACAUUUGUCAAGGUGAAUUAUUGGAAUUCAAAUGUAAAUGAAGUCCAAGGGGUUGUCAUGGACCAAGAAGGAAAGGUGGUGCAUCGCCUCUUUGGAAAGUGGCAUGAAGGGUUAUACUGUGGGGUUGCACCGUCAGCAAAAUGUAUAUGGAGGCCAGGCUCCAUGCCAACCCACUAUGAACGUUAUUAUGGCUUUACAAGGUUUGCUAUUGAACUCAAUGAGUUAGAUCCUGUAUUGAAAGAUAUUCUUCCAACAACAGAUGCACGAUUCAGGCCAGAUCAGAGACUUUUGGAAGAAGGAAAUGUAGAAGCAGCAGCCACAGAAAAGCAAAGAAUAGAGGAACUCCAGAGAAGUCGAAGGCGGAACAUGGAGGAGAACAACAUUGAAUACAAACCAAAAUUUUUUAAAAAAGUUAUCGAUGCCAAUCAAAGAGAGAGCUGGGUUUCUAAUGACACCUAUUGGGAACUGCGAAAGGAUCCUGGCUUUAGUAAAGUAGAAACCCCCAUACUCUGGUAAACUGAGAAUGUAGAUCUAGUAAACAUAUCACUCUCUGAAGAAAAAAAUAAUAACUAUGCACAAUAUGUUUCUUAUAGCUAAGUGUGGUUUGUGGGUCUACAGAAAACCUACCAUUCGCUUUUAUAUUCAUCUUUAUAAUGGACUUUCGAAAGUGCAUUAGACCCAGGUCCCUGACCACUUUUGGAUCCUUUUUAUUUUGCAGCAGCCAUUUAAAAAUAACCUUUAAAGUUUCAUGUAUUAAAAAUGCAAAACAAAGGAAGCAGAUUCAUUAUCCAAAGUUGCUCGGAAGAGGUUGUAAUACACAAAACUGCAACUGGUGCUUAAAACAGACAUUGAGAGUAACAACAAACAAACAAAAUGAAAGAAAAAAAAACAUUUUGUUUUAACUUAUUUUGUUAAAAACUCUUGUGUUACAACAGUCUAUCAUUUCCAGCUUGAGGCUAGUCCUUUAGUGUGAUGUGCUUGGACUGGCCUUGUCAAAAAGACACAAUGCUUUUCUGGAAGCUGUUCCCAUUCAUAUGCCAUUGUUCAUGCCUUAAACAAAACAUGAAGAUAUCCAAUAAGUCAUUUUAAAAUAUGUAUUCUUAGGCUUGUGUGAGCAGCAGAUUUUAUUCAUAUUCUAAAUAUUGGCGAUCAUGUAUUAUUAAAAAUAAAAUCCACCUAAAUGGAUGAGAAGGGAAAGUGACCUGCUGUACAUGCUUUAGCUUUGUGAAGCUGGUUGUGUAAUCAAACAGGAAAACUAGCUAACUUUGUGACAGUUUUGGUAAAUGCAUCUGGGUUGCUAGUCAGAAAAUUCAUAUCCAACAUGCCUAAUGCUGUGAUGUAUUUAUCAUAUGUGCCACUGAUUUGACAUAGCCUCACACUUUCUCACAUUUCCCCAUAACUGUUUAUACAAUUAGAAUUCCUUGUAGCUUUGCAACAGUGUUAGAAACACAGAAAGAUUUCAUAAGAGGUUUUCUCUCCAGAAGCGGGAUAGCACUAUAAACAUAACAGGCACUUUCUAUCAUGCACACUGUAUACUUUACUGGUCUGUUUGUCUGUGCCCACUCCCAACUGGAAUUUCUUAGCUGAAUUUGUUUGGGGGAGGAGUAGAGGCACUCAUGCAUGCUGGGUUAAUGGCUUUUUGUGUUGUCAAAAUAGCUUUUAUGCAAAAUUAAUUUUUAGUUUUUCAUAAAAUGAUUUUGAUUAAGAAACAGGACUCUUAAAUGUUUUUAUGCCACAGUUACAUGUCUAUGGAAGGAGGCUGGGCA